AUGAGUACGAGAUUUGAGAAAUCAGACAUCAUUCAAAAUACAAUGUCGUUCGAUACUGUUGAUAAACUUAAUCGAGAAUUUGAACGUGGUUAUAAUAAUGGUCAAGUCAAAGAAGCUGUUGCUACCUAUGCUAAUGAGGGCCGACUUUUUGCUAAUGAUAAACAAAUUUAUGAAGGUUUAAGUCAAAUUGAAAAAUAUUACAAUAAUGCAAGAACUUCUGGAAAUUCCAAAGUUGAAUUACGUACUGGACAAGUUAUUCAAUGUGGCUCUGAUUAUUUGGUUGAAACAAGUCAAUACAAAAUUAAUACUGACAGCGGAAAUUAUGUUGUUGUCUGGAAAAAAGAUGGUGGACAAUGGAAAAAAAUUAUUGAUAUUUUCAAUUGA